AUGGGAGGCAGACCUCCUUCAUUUCAGGUUAUGGAAUCAUUUCGUGCCUUUACUGAUAAUGCAGGAUUGUUUGACUUGGGAUUCAAAGGACCACCAUACACAUGGUCUAAUCGACAAGGCCUUUCCACCCACAUAUUAGAGCGCCUGGAUAGAGCUUUAGUCACUGACAAUCUUUUGUCUCUUUGGCCUCUAAUGCAUCUUACUCAUCUUUCAGAUCUUGGGUCCGAUCACAGGAUCAUCUUGCUGCAGCUAAUUCCGGGAGUAGGGAAAGGGAAGCCGAGUUUUCAUUUUGAUCACAGAUGGUGUCAAAAUAAUGAUGCACAUGCCAUUGUCUUGGGUGAGUGGCAGGUUUCAAUGCAGGGAACGCCUCAAUUUCAGUUGUUCUCGCUUUGCAAGGCAGUGAGGCAUCGGCUAGUGGAAUGGGCACGUAUGGGCACUACAAACUCGGCGAGGCAAAUCAGGGAGCUGCGAUCCGCCAUAGAAUCAGAACGUGAUACAUUUCCAGUGAAUUGGGAAGUGAUCCAGGUACUUGAAACUCAACUGGCAGCCGCGUACUUACAAGAAGAGGCUUAUUGGAAGCAAAAAUCAAGAACCAAUUGCCUGCAAGUUGGUGAUGCUAACACGAACCACUUUCACCGUGCAACUACACAACGGCGGAGGCAGAAUUUCAUUGAAGCCCUUCAAGAUGAAGCUGGUACCCGACACUAUGAUGAGGCUGCUAAAGGUAAUAUCUCUAUUAGGUUCUUUGAGAAGUUGUUCUCGUCUAAUGGGAUCCCCCCCUAUUUUCUUCGUGAAUGCUUUGGGAAUCCCCCGGAAGAUUACUCAUGCUCAGAAUUCCUACCUGGCUGCUCCUAUUACACGUGA